AUGGGGGCCUCUCUGCAGCUCCCCCAACAGGACUACGAGGCCCUGCUGGACAGGUGCAUGAGGGACCGCUGCCUCUUUGAAGACAGCAGCUUCCUGGGCACCCUGAGCUCCACUGGCAGCGGGCCCCUGCUGCAGGAGCCUCGCCUGCAGUGGAAAAGACCCCCAGAGCUGCAUAAUCCCCAGUUCUAUUCUGCCAAGACCAAGAAGCUGGAUCUGUGCCAGGGAGUGGGAGGAGACAGCUGGUUCUUGGCUGCUUUGCAAGCUCUGACUUUGCACCAGGACAUCCUGAGCCAGGUCGCUCCUGAAUCAGGUUUCACUGAGAAGUAUGCUGGCACCCUCUGCUUCUGGUUCUGGAGCUUCUGGAAAUAGGUCCCUGUGGUGAUAGAUGCCUGUCUCCCCAUGAAUGAGGCUGGCCAGCUGCUCUUUGUCUCCUCCACCUGCAGGAACUUGCUCUGGGAAGCUUUUCUGGGGAAGGCUUCUGCCGAACUCUCUGGUUCCUAUGAAGACCUGCAGUAUGGACAGGUGUCUGAAGCCUUUAUGGACUUCACUGAAGGGGUGACAAUGACCAUCAACCUGGCAUCACCCCUGGCACCCUCUCGGACAUCCUAACCCAGCAAAACCCUCAUUGGCUGUACCCACUCAGGGCAGAGGGUGCUGGAGAACAGGCUGGUGGACGGCCAUGCCCAUACCCUCCCAGGAAUCAGGAAGGUGACCUGCAAACAUGGACCUGAAUAUCUAAUUAAGCUACAAAACCCCUGGGGGAUGGAACGGAAGGGAGACUGGUGUGACAGAUGAAGUACAUGGGAGCUUCUGAGCCCUAAGGAGAAGAUUCUGAGGAAAGAUGAUGAUGGAGAAUUCUGGUAUUUGACUGGGGGCUUGGGACAUGGGGGACACGUGGCUGAGCACGGGGGUCUCCAGCAGUUAUCAUGUUACUAUGACGACCAGAGGAGACUGCUCCCUGAGUUCUUCUGGAGAAACACUGCUCUGAGUCAGAUUGAGGUUUAUCUCAAGGAAAGAGAAGUGAGUCACGAGCGGUGGCUGACGUACCACAUUGUACCCUGCAUGUCUGAAGCCUACCAGGAGUCAGAGUUUGUCCUGAGGGUCUUCUCCUGGAAGGACAUUUUUUAUAAGAUUGGCAGCAAUCCCAGUGUUGUCAUCUCUGGGGAGACAGUGGACCAAAAUUAAGGGCAGAAUGAAUUCUUCACCAAACUCUUGGAAAAGUAUCCAGAAAUAAAUGCAAUUCAACUGCAGAAGAUCCUAAACUACAUGAACUGGCCAA